AUGAAUUACGAACACGACGCCUCCCCUGGCUUCGUCCACCCUGUCCGAAACAACAUUUACAACUCCUCCAUAUCUUCUGCAGCCUCCGUCUCUACCGCCUCUAUCUGGUCCACCGCCUCUGCGUCUUCUCAGGGUUCCGAUGAUUCUUCGAUCUUCGAUGGUCCUGUGACAGGCCAGGCUUCGGAUAGCGACAGCUGCGAUUCCUUUCUCUCAAGGAAGGGCAUCAACCAGCUCAGUGCCAUUCCAACAGAGCUCCGACAGAAUCCGCGCAGGAGCGCUGCUGGACGCGUUGCCCCCCCUUCACUGGUCCGUCAGUCAGAUCGCAAGGUUGACUUCGUUGAUAACCUUGUUGACUCUUCGACACAAAUUGUCGAGGCUAUCUGGCCCACCUCGUCGUCGCUAUGCCGUCGCGAACAGGGCAACAAGGGGGUGCUUCCCUUGCGAACAUUCAUCCAAGAGACUCUGCGCCGCUCGCGUACAAGCUUCUCCACACUGCAAGUGGCACUGUACUAUUUGCUUCUCAUCAAACCUCGUGUCCCCUCGCGCAGUUUCAUCAUGGAACAGUUCGAUGACCGCCCGGCCACCCAGUCAUUGUUGUGCGGACGCCGCAUGUUCCUGGCAGCUUUGAUCCUGGCUUCCAAGUAUCUCCAGGAUCGCAACUACUCGGCACGCGCCUGGAGCAAGAUUUCUGGGUUGAACACACAAGAAAUUAAUCAGAAUGAGAUUGCGUUCCUACAGGCUGUUGACUGGAAGUUGCACAUUUGCAAGGAUGUCUACCAGAAAUGGGCCGACAUUGUGCACAAGUUCACACCACCUUCUGGUCCGUCCUCGCCUGGUGGCUGCUCUCAGCUUAUCUCACAGCAGCAUGAAAUUUGGAGGCAUAUAAUCCUGGGACUCGAUGCUGACUUGACCAACAUCGAGGCUCUGGUAAGCUCGGCACACUCUAGCCUCAAGGCUAGUGAUUUGUCUCUAGCCUCGCCUCGCAGCAUUCUGAACAUGGCCCAAGAAGCUCCCACGUCCACCCUUGCACCACGGAGCACCCCUGUGCCCAUGGAGCCAACGCCUUUCGGCGUGCGUGCGCCCAGCCGCAUGGGUCCGAAUAAUACGCAGCUGCCCACACCGCGUUUGACACCGCAGAGCAAUGGACUCAGCACCCCUGCAGCGGGAGCUGCUCCAUCUACACUCUCGAGGUCAAACGCAAUGGCUUCGGCCAUGUCGCAGGCCACUGUUUGCAACACUGCACACUAUCUCGAUCGUCUUCCUACUCCGGCGUCGUCAUCGCCCCAGAGCUACAGCUCGAUCCGUCGCUCCUCGCUGGCCAACUCGGUAUCGACCGCAUCGUCUCCCGAGUCCAUGAUAUCCGACUCUUCACGUCUUUCGCGCUCAUCCUCCUUCUCAUCUGUUUCCUCCUCUGCUAGCGCGACAUUGCCGUCGCGAUUCAGAACCACGAAACUGGGUAAUGAGAGAUUGAGCCGAAAGCCGUCGUUCCCUUCUGUGCCCGAGCAGGACUGCGACAUCCAGGAAUCAGCAUCGCCUGGUUCAUAUACUGGUCCAGUCGGACACGUUGGGGACUGGUCAGUGUCGGUGGACCACAACUUGGCCGGUCGCAAGCGGCCGCUUGACGAUAUGAUGAACGAUGCUGCAUCGAAUGCUGCGCGCACCCUUCAGGAGCUUCGGAGAUCCCGUGGUGCUGUUGGUACCCACACGACGAAUGACGAUACUCCCUUGCAGUCCAACGUUCGCGAUCUUCUGAAUGUAUCGUAUGGGCAGUCGGGAUGGCCUGCAUCCAUGUUGGAGACACGUUACCGCCCGGAGUAUCCGGACAAGAAGCGCGUUUGCUGCUCCACCGAAGCCAGUCGUGGGUAUAACGCGACUCCUACUUUCCAUGUGCGGGGCCCUGGCAUGUGGCAGGGUAUUUUGAAUUGA